UUACUUGAAUUGCAAUCAAAACCCUCUUUCUCCUCCUCAGAAGAAUCAAACGCGUAGCCAAAUUGUGCAGGGGCUGCGUUCUGUUGCGUUCUGUUAAGGUGUCUCGUGUCUCGCUCUGUGGUUGUACUACAAGAGACAAUUUGGGCCGAAUAGGGGUAUGGCGUCUUCGGAUGAUGAGGCCGAAGUUCAUCCACAAUCUGUGUCAAAUUACCAUUUGGAGGAUGAUGAGAAAGAGCCUGUUUCAUUUUCUGUAUUGCCAAUUCAAUGGAAUGAAUCUGAGGAUACAGAUGGCGAAAGUGGGCAAGUGUUCCUUGACGGUUUUGCAGACAAUGGGCUGCAGAAAGUGUUUAAGCACGUCGUUGCAUGGAAGUUUGACGUUUUCGGUAGAGAACCUGAGAUAUCAGUGCUAUUAAAGGGUAGACAAUGGAUCAAACUUGAGAAGCCAAAGAAGUGGUUUGAGAAAACCAUAAGGACGAUUUUGAUCACUAUUCACUUCCUACACUAUGUGCAGAAAUAUCCUGAAACAUCUGCUAAAUCUGUGUGGGGCUACUUGUCCAAGGAUUUUAGCUGUUAUGAAGUUAGGCCUUCACAAAACGAUUUGUUGAGCCAUUUACCUUUAAUUCGUGAAGCUGUUAAAAGGAAUGCCAAUUUAAUUAAGUCCCAGGUUUUACUCUCCCUUGUCAUGAACAAUUUGCUA